UCGCUGAUAAUUGAGAGACUUGGUCCCGCGUCUAUCAGUUUCCCUUCAGCACUCGUCAACAUCUCCCUUUCGUACACGAUGAGGACGUCUGUUACAAUACUUGCAAUUCUCUUUGUACAAUACGCGCAUUCACGUGCAGAGCCUAAAUCGUCGCCUGAACCGUUGCCUGAACCAUUGCCUGAGACAUGGCCUGAAUCAUGGCCUGAAGCAUGGCCUGUAGCAUGGCCUGAACCAGUGGCUGAACCGUUCUUUCGUAGCGAUGAUAACUGUGCCUUUGGUGUUAAGGUGGUAUCGCUGCUAUUGUUCAACAGUCGUAUUACAGGCCAAAAUAUGAGUAUAAACGACAUGUGCACUAAUGUCGAUUCAUCGAAAAAAGUCGUCUUUUUAACCCAUGGCUUCCUCAGCUCCGCAGACACGGAAAAUUUUGUAGAGUUGGCCCGUCAAUUGAGAGAUAAAGGUCACACGGUACUUGGGGUAGAUUGGCGUCAAGGAGCCUGCACUGGCGGGUUCCCGACGUAUGGCAGUGCGGUGACGAACACUGUUGAAGUAGGCCGCCGCGUGGCAGGCUUUGCCGAAAAAUUGGUCAACGAGUGCCACGUUCCGUUGAAUAACAUCAUAUUCAUAGGUCACAGUCUUGGUGCACACGUGUCCGGUUUCGCCGCGAAAGAGAUUAAGAAAAAGAAUCUCGGCACGGUUCCACUAAUUAUUGCCGCCGAUCCCGCCGGUCCAAAGCUCGGUAGCAAGGAAUGCGACGAUAGACUCUGUAAAACAGAUGCGAACUGCCUAAAAGUUCUUCAUACGUCUUGGAUGUUUGGAAUAACAAGGCCUAUCGGUCAUCUGGAUUUGCAGUUCAAUGGUGGAUCUUCGCAGCCAGAUUGUAAUUGGCCACCUUGUUCACACAGUGCAGCUGUAGUCUAUAUAAUCGAUGCGGUGAAAGGUAAUUGCGCAUUCCCUGGGGUUCCUAUGACAAAUUCACCCAAGUAUCCUAGUAAUACCAAUACGAAUUGUAUUCUCGUGAAUGAGAAUUUAUUGGACACCAGCUGUUCUAUUAAGGGAGAAUACUAUACGUUUGUCAACGGUGAUUCCCACUGUACACAGAAUCCCCCACAGAAAUGUCAACAGUAAUAAUAGUAAGUCGUUGAAUUCAAAACGUCAAUCUCGUUACAGUAAAAAUGAAAUUUUGCAAUAGAAAAUUGUAAAUACAUAAUUAAAUUACAUCGUUUAACCA